AUGGUUCGCAGUAGUCUCCGCGAAGAUAGUUGUGGUUAUUGCAACGCUUGCGUGCGUGUGCGUCUCUGUGCUGCUCGCGGUAGAAGUCCUGAACCAUUAGAGUGUGCCUACAAGCAUAUCUUAGAGUCAUACAGUGAAAACGUGAAGACCGGGAAUGUACCAGAAAGUCCGAAAUCAUCUUGUGCUUCGUGUCGAUGGACGUCGCACGCCCAGUUUCCAGAGACGCCACCAUCGAGUAGUGAUUUGAGUCUCGAAUGGAGUUCUCGUUCUUCACAGCGAUCGCGUACGCGCCGCCGCAAGAGAUAG